AAACGUCUCCUCUGUUGCAAAACGUUUUGCAACGGACACAGUUUACUCUAAACGGAAAACAUUUUGCAACGAAAAUAAAUUAAUAUAGGUACCUCCCCGUUUGGUUCUGUUUGCUCUGUUUGUUUCCUAGAGUAAACGGUUUCCGCGUAAUGAAUACAUCCCUGGCAAGAAAGAAGUGAAAUGAGAAGCUAGCUAGCUGUUUACCUAUCCGCCUGACUGCUCGGAAAAUGUCUACUUGUCUUAUUUGCUAGCUAGCAUAAUCAAAACUAACUUUGGAAAAGCAUCUAUUCGGCAGUGAUGUGAUUUUCCAGCUUCGUUGCAACGGCCGUUAUACCUGAGGUAGGAAACUAAAGAUGACAAAUGCUGUUUUAUACCUAACAGUAGCUAACGGUAGCUAACGUUAGCAAAAUUGGGGGUUUGCCACUGACUAGCUAACUAGUUAGCUUGUUAGCAGCUAGAUACAGUGAUUUGGUCAAGAAUAAGCUAGCUAACUAAAAUAAUUAUUGUUUUCAUUGAAUGGCUAGCCAUAACCUGUAAGAACCCCUGUUUCCUAGGAACAGGUUUGAUAUGCGGAGUUGACAAUUACGCAUUUGUUGCAGUGUUCGUGUUCAGUUAUGUGCAUUUGAGUUGUUUCCUGGAUGCUAACUGUCAUUUAGCUGUCAAAAACAUCAGUUAUUACUAAAUGAAGAAAGCUAUAAAAAUGGGAUCCUGCCGUAGUAUUAAUAACUGUAUUAGCUAUAAGAUACAUUAUCAGAACUCAAAGCCAGUUAUUCUGUAAUAUUUGGACAUUUUCCUCUGUCACAGAGAGUAUGGCCAAAAAGCUAUUACCUAGUAUAGUGAGUGCACUAAUUUUGACCAGGGCUAUGGAGGAGUACCUAUGCUAUGGGCUCUGGUCAAAAGUAGUUGUUAUGAUAUUUCUUGUAUUUUCUCCUUUUGGAUUAUGUGUGUAUUGCUCAAUAUUACUGCACUGUUGGCGCUAGAAAGGUAAGCAUUUCGCUGUGUCUGCGAUAACACAUCUGUGUACAGGACCAAUAAACUUUGAUUUGAGGUAAUAGGGUGCUAUUUGGGUCUCAAACAGUUCAUAUUUCUCUCUCUCUGUCUCUCUCUCUGUCUCUCUCUCUGUCUCUCUCUCUGUCUCUCUCUCUCUCUCUGUCUCUCUAUCUGUCUCUCUCUCUCUUUCUCUCUCUUUCUAUUUCUGUCUCUCUUUCUCUUUCUGUGUCUCCCUCUUUCUCGUUCUGUGUCUCCCUCUUUCUGUUUCUCUUUCUGUCUCUGUCUCCCUCUCUGUUUCUCUCCCUCUCUCCAAUUCAAAGGGCAUUAUUGUCAUGACAAAGCAAGUGAACUAGAUAAUAAUGAUCAGUAAACAUUACACUCCCAAGUUUCAAAGGAAUGGACACACUUCAAAUGUCAUUAUGUACAGUGUUAUAACCAUGUGCAAAUUGUUAAAGUACAAAAGGGGAAAUCAAUAAACAUGGGUUGUAUUUACAAUGGUGUUUGUUCUUGUGGCAACAGGUCACACGUCUUGCUGCUGUGACGGCACACUGUGGUAUUUCACCUAAUAGAUACGGAAGUUUAUCAAAAUUGGAUUUGUUUUCAAAUUCUUUGUGGAUCUCUGUAAUCUGAGGGAAAUAUGUGUCUCUAAUAUGGUUGUACAUUUGGCAGGAGGUUAGGAAGUGCAACUCAGUUUCCACCUCAUUUUGUGGGCAGUGUUUAGGCCGAGGUAGGUAUAGUUUUUUUGUGUGCUCUAGGGCAACUGUGUCUAGAUGGAAUUUGUGGUACCUGGCAACUGGACUUUUUUUGUAACACCAUUAUUUUUGUCUUACUGAGAUUUACUGUCAGGGCCAAAGUCUGACAGAAUCUGUGCAGAAGAUCUAGGUGCUGCUGUAGGCCCUCCUUGGUUGGGGACAGAAGCACCAGAUGAUCAGCAAACAGUAGACAUUUGACUUCAGAUUCUAGUAGGGUGAGGCCGGGUGCUGCAGACUGUUCUAGUGCCCUCGCCAAUUGGUAUGUGUGUGUGUGUGUGUGUGUGUGUGUGUGUGUGUGUGUGUGUGUGUGUGUGUGUGUGCGCGCAGUACCUGUCAAAGGUUUGGACACAACCUUCAAGGGUUUUUCUUUAUUUUUACUAUUUUCUAUAUUGUAGAAUAAUAGUGAAGACAUCAAAACUAUGAAAUAACACAGUUGGAAUCAUGUAGUAACCAAAAAAGUGUUAAACAAAUGAAAAUAUAUUUUAGAUUCUUCAAAGUAGCCACCCUUUGCUUUGUUGACCGCUUUGCACACUCUUGGCAUUCUCUCAACCGGCUUCGAGGUAGUCACCUGGAGGUAAAAGAUACAUUUUUCCACAUUUUGUUACAUUAGUCUUAUUCUAAAAUUAAUUAAAUAAAGAAAAUUCCUCAGCAAUCUACACACAAUACCCCAUAAUGACAAAGCGAAAACAGGUUUUUUGAAUUUUUUUGCAAAUGUUAUAUUUGAUACUGAAGCUUAAAGGUCAAAUCUACUGUUUAGGCUUUCUACUGCCAAGUUUACACCUUCACUAUUACAGUGAAAUGUUUUGUCCAGGAAGGUUUCUACACUACUUUCCUUCCAUCUAUAGCGUUUCUUAAUAUUAUGCAUUUCCUUUGGCUUUGAUGCCUCAUGAUUUGAGUGUUGCUCUGUUCAAGUAGACUGUGAUUUUGCUGUGGUCUGAUAGGGGUUUCAGUGGGGUGACUGUGAACGCUCUGAGAGACUCUGACCUGAGGUCAGUAAUAAAGUAGUCUACAGUACUACUGCCAAGAGAUGAGCUAUAGGUGUACCUACCAUAGGAGUCCCCUCGAAGCCUACCAUUGACUAUGUACAGACCCAGCCUGUGACAGAACUGCAGGAGUUGUGAACUGUUUUUGUUGGUUGUUUUGCCAUAGUUGUGUCUAGUGGGGCAUAUUUGGGAGGGAAUACUGUCACCUCCAGGUAAGUGUUUGUCCCCCUGUGUGCUGAGAGUGUCAUGUUCUGGUCCAGUUCUGGCAUUUAGGUCGCCAUAGACUGGUACAUGUCCCUGGGCCUGGAAAUGGUUGAUCUCCCCCUCUAGGAUGGAGAAGCUGUCAUCGUUAAAGUAUGGAGAUUCAUUUGGGGGGAUAUAGGUAGCACACAUGAGGACAUUCUUCUCUGUUGAGAUUAAUUUCUAGCCAGAUAUAAAAUGUUCCUGUUUUGACUAAUUUAAUAGAGUUGGUUAGGUCUGCUCUAUCCCAAAUUAGCAUACCCCCUGAGUCUCUUCCCUGUUUCACACCUGGUAGUUUGGUGGAUGGGACUACCAGCUCUCUGUAACCUAGAAGGCAACCAGUGGGUCCAUCUCCUCUAUACCAUGUUUCUUGUAGGAUGACAAUGUCUGUAUUUCCAAUUUCUUUGAAGUCUGGGAGGGUGUCUCGCUAGUCUGGGCGGGGUUUCUGUUGCUCCUGUGUGAGGUGCUGCGGUUGAGAGUGACGUCCUUCAGGGUCCUGGCAAAAGUUGGGAUUGCUGCCUUGUAUAGGUGGACCUGGUCCUAAAGGCUGUUCCCGUCCAGGGUGGAGUGGUGGGCCAGGUAGACAUUAGGUUUUGAGGCACAGUCCAGGGUGGAGUGGUGGGCCAGGUAGACAUUAGAUUUUGAGGCACAGUCCCGGGAAAUGCUUCCAUUCACCCUCUGUGUGGUGGCAGGGUGGCGAUAACCACUUGUGCGUUGGGGAAAGUAGAAGAAGCUUUUUCAAUCACUCCCUUGAGUGCUGUAGCCACCCUUUCCUGCUGGACCCUCAGGUCGUCUGUGCCUGUGGAAUUAUGAUGUGGCUGGGGGAUCCUAGUCUGUCCUCUGACAACAGCUCCAGGGCCUGCCUAGUGUUUGGGCACCAGAGUUUAGCCACUUUGUGUUUGGGAAAAAGUUCAUUCUCUUGAAUGUAUUUGCCAUUUGAGUCAAUGAGGAGCACAAUUUAUGGUUUUUGUGUUUCCUCAGUGGGUGUGUGGGGUUUUUCUCUCUCGCUCUCUUUCUCUCUCGCUCUCUUUCUCUCUCGCUCUUUCUCACUUGCUCUCUCUCUCACACACUUCUCUGUCCCACUCUCACUUAUUCUUUGGUUCUCUCUCCUCCAGACCCCAGAUGAUCCAGCAGAUGAAGGAGGGGGGUGCCGCUGCUGCCCCCGUCCCCAACCCUCUCUCUGAAGUCUCCUCCCCCCCGACCCCUUCUGUGACCUCUGACCCCCCUCGCUCUCCGUACCCCCGGCCCUCUGCCAGCCCCUUCAUCAGCGAGGACCAGUUUGCGUGCCAUUGUUGCUACGACAUCCUGGUCAACCCAACAACGCUUAACUGUGGUCACAGCUUCUGCCGCCACUGCCUGGCUCUCUGGUGGGAGUCUAGUAGGAAGACUGAGUGCCCUGAGUGCAGGGAGAAGUGGGAGGGCUUCCCCAAAGUCAACAUCCUACUGAGGUAAGGUACUAGGGUACAUGAACUUAACUUACUGGUAUUACUCUCUAGGGUUGGGAACUACCAGGGACCUCACCAUAUUAUCACCAUACUUAGGUGCCGAUACGUAUUGCGAUUGUCACGAGAGAUAUAUAUAUACAUACAUACAUACAUACAUACAUACAUACAUACAGUGAGGGGGAAAAAGUAUUUGUACGUUUGGCCACUGACAAAGACAUGAUCAGUCUAUAAUUUUAAUGGUAGGUUUAUUUGAACAGUGAGAGACAGAAUAACAACAUAAACAACAAAAAAUCCAGAAAAACGCAUGUUAUAAAUGUUAUAAAUUGAUUUGCAUUUGAAUGAGGGAAAUAAGUAUUUGACCCCCUCUCAAUCAGAAAUAUUUCUGGCUCCCAGGUGUAUUUUAUACAGGUAACGAGCUGAGAUUAGGAGCACACUCUUAAAGGGAGUGCUCCUAAUCUCAGUUUGUUACCUGUAUAAAAGACACCUGUCCACAGAAGCAAUCAAUCAAUCAGAUUCCAAACUCUCCACCAUGGCCAAGACCAAAGAGCUCUCCAAGGAUGUCAGGGACAAGAUUGUAGACCUACACAAGGCUGGAAUGGGCUACAAGACCAUCGCCAAGCAGAAGAAACACAAAAGAACUGUCAAUCUCCCUCGGCCUGGGGCUCCAUGCAAGAUCUCACCUCGUGGAGUUGCAAUGAUCACGAGAACGGUGAGGAAUCAGACCAGAACUACACGGGAGGAUCUUGUCAAUGAUCUCAAGGCAGCUGGGACCAUAGUCACCAAGAAAACAAUUGGUAACACACUACGCCAUGAAGGACUGAAAUCCUGCAGCGCCCGCAAGGUCCCCCUGCUCAAGAAAGCACAUAUACAGGCCCGUCUGAAGUUUGCCAAUGAAACAUCUGAAUGAUUCAGAGGAGAACUGGGUGAAAGUGUUGUGGUCAGAUGAGACCAAAAUCGAGCUCUUUGGCAUCAACUCAACUCGCCGUGUUUGGAGGAGGAGGAAUGCUGCCUAUGACCCCAAGAACACCAUCCCCACCGUCAAACAUGGAGGUGGAAACAUUAUGCUUUGGGGGUGUUUUUCUGCUAAGGGAACAGGACAACUUCACCGCAUCAAAGGGACGAUGGACGGGGCCAUGUACCGUCAAAUCUUGGGUGAGAACCUCCUUCCCUCAGCCAGGGCAUUGAAAAUGGGUCGUGGAUGGGUAUUCCAGCAUGACAAUGACGAUCUGCAAAGAGGAGUGGAACAAAAUCCCUCCUGAGAUGUGUGCAAACCUGGUGGCCAACUACAAGAAAUGUCUGACCUCUAUGAUUGCCAACACCACCUUCCGGAGACAUUUGAAACCCCACCUCUUUAAGGAAUACCUGGGAUAGGAUAAAGCAAUCCUUCUACCCCCCCCCCCCCCCCCCCACACACACAGCGGAGUCGCUCACCACCUUCCGGAGACAUUUGAAACCCCACCUCUUUAAGGAAUACCUGGGAUAGGAUAAAGUAAUCCUUCUACCCCCCCCCCCCCCCUCACACACAGCGGAGUCGCUCACCACCACCUUCCGGAGACAUUUGAAACCCCACCUCUUUAAGGAAUACCUGGGAUAGGAUAAAGUAAUCCUUCUACCCCCCCCCCCAAAAAAAAAAAAAAAUUUGUAAAGUGGUUAUCCCACUGGCUAUAGGGUGAAUGCAUCAAUUUGUGAGUCGCUCUGGACUAGAGCGUCUGCUAAAUGACGUAAAUGUGCCCUUGAGCAAGGCACUUAACCCUAAUUGCUCCUGUAAGUCGCUCUGGAUAAGAGCGUCUGCUAAAUGACUAAAAUGUAAAUGUAAAAUGUAAACAAGGGUUUUGCCACCAAGUACUAAGUCAUGUUUUGCAGAGGGGUCAAAUACUUAUUUCCCUCAUUAAAAUGCAAAUCAAUUUAUAACAUUUUUGACAUGCGUUUUUCUGGAUUUUUGUUGCUAUUCUGUCUCUCACUGUUCAAAUAAACCUACCAUUAAAAUGAUAGACUGAUCAUGUCUUUGUCAGUGGGCAAACGUACAAAAUCAGCAGGGGAUCAAAUACUUUUUUCCCUCACUGUAGAUACAUACAGUUGAAGUCAGACGUUUACAUAUACCUUAGCCAAAUACAUUUAAACUCAGUUUUUCACAAUUCCUGACAUUUAAUCCUAGUAAAAAUUCCCUGUUUUAGGUCAGUUAGGAUCAACACUUUAUUUUAAGAAUGUGAAAUGUCAGAAUAAUAGUAGAGAGAAUGAUUUAUUUCAGCUUUUAUUUCUUUCAUCACAUUCCCAGUGGGUCAGAAGUUUACAUACACUCAAUUAGUAUUUGGUAGCAUUGCCUUUAAAUUGUUUAACUUGGGUCAAACGUUUCGGGUAAACUUUCACAAGCUUCCCACAAUAAGUUGGGUGAAUUUUGGCCCAUUCCUCCUGACAGAGCUGGUGUAACUGAGUCAGGUUUGUAGGCCUCCUCGCUCGCACACGCUUUUUCAGUUCUGCCCACACAUUUUCUAUAGGAUUGAGGUCAGGGCUUUGUGAUGGCCACUCCAAUACCUUGACUUUGUUGUCCUUAAGCCAUUUUGCCACAACUUUGGAGGUAUGCUUGGGGCCAUUGUCCAUUUGGAAGACCCAUUUGCGACCAAGCUUUAACUUCCUGACUGAUGUCUUGAGAUGUUGCUUCAAUAUAUCCACAUAAUUUUCCUUCCUCAUGAUGCCAUCUAUUUUGUGAAGUGCACCAGUCCCUCCUGCAGCAAAGCACCCCCACAGCAUGAUGCUGCCACCCCGUGCUUCACGGUUGGGAUGGUGUUCUUCGGCUUGCAAGCAACCCCCUUUUCCUCCAAACAUAACGAUGGUCAUUAUGGCCAAACAGUUCUAUUUUUGUUUCAUCAGACCAGAGGACAUUUCUCCAAAAAGUACGAUCUUUGUCCCCAUGUGCAGUUGCAAACCAUAGUCUGGCUUUUUUAUGACGGUUUUGGAGCAGUGGCUUCUUCCUUGCUGAGCGGCCUUUCAGGUUAUGUUGAUAUAGGACUCGUUUUACUGUGGAUAUAGAUACUUUUUUACCUGUUUCCUCCAGCAUCUUCACAAGGUCCUUUGCUGUUGUUCUGGGAUUGAUUUGCACUUUUCGCACCAAAGUACAUUCAUCUCUAGGAGACAGAAUGCGUCUCCUUCCUGAGCGGUAUGACGGCUGCGUGGUCCCAUGGUGUUUAUACUUGCAUACUAUUGUUUGUACAGAUGAACGUGGUACCUUCAGGCGUUUGGAAAUUGCUCCCAAGGAUGAACCAGACUUGUGGAGGUUUUUUUUCUGAGGUCUUGGCUGAUUUCUUUUGAUUUUUCCCAUGAUGUCAAGCAAAGAGGCACUGAGUUUGAAGGUAGGCCUUGAAAAACAUCCACAGGUACACCUCCAAUUGACUCAAAUGAUGUCAAUUAGCCUAUCAGAAACUGGCCAUGACAUCAUUUUUUGGAAUUUUCCAAGCUGUUUAAAGGCACAGUCAACUUAGUGUAUGUAAACUUCUGACCCACUGGAAUUGUGAAAUAAUCUGUCUGUAAACAAUUGUUGGAAAAAUUACUUGUGUCAUGCACAAAGUAGAUGUCCUAACCGACUUGCCAAAACUAUAGUUUGUUAACCCUCUCUGUAUGGUGAAAUGUAUAGGUCGAGCUAAGAUAUCAGAGAGAAGUGGGAGGGCUUCCCCAAAGUCAACAUCCUACUGAGGUAGGCAGGGCAUAAAAUUAACACCUGCCACCUGCCAAUUGCGGGUCAAUUUAGGUAUUGGCGGUUAAGAAUGUCUAUUUCACCAACCACGUUGGCGGGUGUCUGCUGGCUGCUGGGUGGGGCGUUACACGUUCCAUCAUUCACUGGAUUCCUUUCUAUAAUAUCAAUUCAAUUUAAGGGGCUUCAUUGGCAAUGAGAAACAUAUGUUUACGUUGCCAAAGCAAGUGAAAUAGAUAAUAAACAAAUGUGAAAUAUGAUGAACAGUAAACAUUACAUUAAAAAAGUUAUAAAAGAAUAAAGACAUGUCAUAUUCUGUCUAUAUACAGUGUUGUAAUGAUGUGCAAAUAGUUAAAGUACAAAAGGGAAAAUAAAUCAACAUAAAUAUAGAUUGUAUUUACAACGGUGUUUGUUCUUCACUGGUUUUCUGGCAACGGCACCAUGCAGUGCACCCUGGACUAAAGAGGCAGACCAAUAGGAGAAAUGUGCUAGACCCUCCGUUAAAUAGCAAGUUUCUCAGGUAGGAAUAUCACUAAAAUAUGAUCAAUGGCUCAUUCGAGAGAAGAUAUCCUCCCGAGUUAUGACAUCGGCCAGUAUUGAAAUCUGACAUGUAUGAUAGUCGUUUACGCAAUCUAAAAGUUGUAUUCCUAUUAACUUUCAGUGUAGCGAGAGCGACUUUAUCGUGGCUCUACGUCAUACCAGCCGAAUUUCUGCCUUCUUGAACGCCAAUAACUCAGAUACACAUGGAAACAUGAAAUGACCCAGGGAAUCGAUAGAACAUCACUCGGAGAUGCAUAAAAACAAUAUAACAUUCCAAAUGGGUGAACCGUUCCUUUCUAAGGAUAUGGCUGCGGCCCAAAUGGCGCCUUAUUCCCUUCAUAGUGCACUACUUUUUAGAGCGGUCCCCAUAGGACUCUUGAAAGCAGAAGGGGAGUGUACGUGAUCUCAUCUUAUCGCUAGUACCCUCUGUAGGGUGACUGUAGCCUAUAGGUCUAGCUAGGACAACAUGUUUACCUUAUCGCUAGUACCCUCUGUAGGGUGACUGUAGCCUAUAGGUCUAGCUAGGACAACAUGUUUACCUUAUCGCUAGUACCCUCUGUAUGGUGACUGUAGCCUAUAGGUCUAGCUAGGACAACAUGUUUACCUUAUCGCUAGUACCCUCUGUAUGGGGACUGUAGCCUAUAGGUCUAGCUAGGACAACAUGUUUACCUUAUCGCUAGUACCCUCUGUAUGGUGACUGUAGCCUAUAGGUCUAGCUAGGACAACAAGUUUACCUUAUCGCUAGUGCCCUCUGUAUGGUGACUGUAGCCUAUAGGUCUAGCUAGGACAACAUGUUUACCUUAUCGCUAGUACCCUCUGUAGGGUGACUGUAGCCUAUAGGUCUAGCUAGGACAACAUGUUUACCUUAUCGCUAGUACCCUCUGUAUGGUGACUGUAGCCUAUAGGUCUAGCUAGGACAACAUGUUUACCUUAUCGCUAGUACCCUCUGUAUGGUGACUGUAGCCUAUAGGUCUAGCUAGGACAACAUGUUUACCUUAUCGCUAGUACCCUCUGUAGGGUGACUGUAGCCUAUAGGUCUAGCUAGGACAACAUGUUUACCUUAUCGCUAGUACCCUCUGUAUGGUGACUGUAGCCUAUAGGUCUAGCUAGGACAACAUGUUUACCUUAUCGCUAGUACCCUCUGUAUGGGGACUGUAGCCUAUAGGUCUAGCUAGGACAACAUGCUAGGUUCGGUACUAUGACCUGGAUGUACAAUACAGAUCCUGGAUGAAAUAGGCUGUAGUCAGUGUGUGACUUCCUUCUCUCCACCCUUUCCUUCUCUCUCCAUCCUCUACCUCUCUUACUCCUCCCUCUCUCAUCCCCUCCUCUCUCUCCUCCUUUCUUUACCCCCUCCAUCCUCUCUAUUUGACCCCCCCCCCCCUCUCAGAGAUGCAGUAGAGAGGUUGUUCUCAGAGGUGGUGGGGAGGAGGAGAGCAGAGAUCCAGGGGAACCCCAAGAUCUCACAGAGCCUGCUGGCCUUUCAGAGGUACCAUACUAACACACUCCGAGCCAGCUGGCCUUUCAGAGGUACCAUACUAACACACUCCGAGCCAGCUGGCCUUUCAGAGGUACCAUACUAACACACUCAGAGCCAGCUGGCCUUUCAGAGGUUCCAUACUAACACACUCCGAGCCAGCUGGCCUUUCAGAGGUUCCAUACUAACACACUCCGAGCCAGCUGGCCUUUCAGAGGUACCAUACUAACACACUCAGAGCCAGCUGGCCUUUCAGAGGUACCAUACAAUGUACACUAUAUAUUCAAAAGUAUGUGGACACCCCUUCAAAUUAGUGGAUUUGACUAUUUCAGCCACACCCGUUGCUGACAGGUGUAAAAAAUCGAGCACACAGCCGUGCAAUCUCCAUAGACAAACAUUGGCAGUAGAAUGACCUUACUGAAGAGCUCAGUGACUUUCAACGUGGCACCGUCAUAGGAUUUCACCUUUUCAGCCGCGAAGUGGUAGGCCACACAAGCUCACAGAACGGGACCGCCAUGUGCUGAAACACGUAGAGUGUAAAAAUCAUCUGUCCUCGGUUGCAACACUCACUACCGAGUUCCAAACUGCCUCUGGAAGCAACGUCAGCACAAUAACUGUCCGUCAGGAGCUUCAUGAAAUAGGUUUCCAUUGCCGAGCAGCCGCACACAAGCCUAAGAUCACCAUGCGCAAUGCCAAGCGUCGGCUGGAGUGGUGUAAAGCGUGCCGCCAUUGGACUCUGGAGCAGUGGAAACGCAUUCUCUGGAGUGAUGAAUCACGCUUCACCAUCUGGCAGUCCAAUGGACAAAUCUGGGUUUGGCGGAUGCCAGGAGAACACUACCUUACCCAAUGCAAAGUGCCAAUAAUAAAGUUUGGUGGAGGAGGAAUAAUGGUCUGGGGCUGUUUUUCAUGGUUCUGGCUUGGCCCCUUAGUUCCAGUGAAGGGAGAUCUAAAUGCUACAGCAUACAAUGACAUUCUAGACAAUUCUGUGCCUCCAACUUUGUGGCAACAGUUUGGGGAAGGCCCUUUCCUGUUUCAGCAUGACAAUCCCCCUGUGCACAAAGCGAGGCCCAUACAGAAAUGGUUUGUCGAGAUCGGUGUGGAAGAACUUGACUGGCCUGCACAGAGCCCUGACCUCAACCCCAAGAACACCUCUGGGAUGAAUUGGAACGCUGACUUCGAGACAGGCCUAAUCGCCCAACAUCGGUGCCCGACCUCACUAAUGCUCUUGUGGCUGAAUGGAAGCAAGUCCCCGCAGUAAUGUUCCAACAUCUAGUGGAAAGCCUUCCCAGAAGAGUGGAGGCUGUUAUAGCAGCAAAGGGGGGGGGGGACCAACUCCAUAUUAAUGUCCAUGAUUUUGGAAUGAGAUGUUGGACGAGCAGGUGUCCACAUACUUUUGAUCAUGCAGUGUAAUAUAUAAGCCGAUGUCAAAUCAAGGGCAUCCAUAUGGAUCAAGUGUCUCAGAGGUAGGAGUGCAGAUCUGGGAUCACUUUUGGCUUUUAGAUCACAAUGAAUUUGAUUUACAUGGACGGGGACCUGAUCCUAGAUCAGCACUCCUAGUCUGAGAUGUAUGUUGCUCGUACUUAGGGCCUUGUGUUUAUCACAAUCAUGUGACCAUAGCAAGAUUUGAUCCUGUAUUUUAAGCCUCGUCCAGAAGUGAGAUUUACUCGUGUGUGUGUCGUCCAGGUAUGGUGUCUCACCUCCUCACCUGUCUGUGUCUAACCUGUAUGCAACCUGUCUGUCUGUCUGUAACCUGUCUGUCUGUCUGUAACCUGUCUGUCUGUAACCUGUCUGUCUGUGUGUAACCUGUCUGUAACCUGUCUGUAACCUGUCUGUCUGUCUGUAACCUGUCUGUCUGUCUGUAACCUGUCUGUCUGUCUGUAACCUGUCUGUCUGUCUGUAACCUGUCUGUAGGUAUGGUGAUCAGGCAGCCAGAGGAAUCCCCAAGACCAGUCCUGGUAGAGGAGCAGGAGGGUUCUUCUCUGGAGUCCUCACUGCACUCACCUGUGUUGCGGUAAGAGAGAGAGAGAGAGAGGGAGAGGGUUUUAUUUUAACUAGGAAAAGAGCCUUGAGGUUAGAAGCCUCUUUUUCGAGGGGGACCUGGGGAGAGGUCAACAGGAAGGAGUCGGUGAGGGGGACCUGGGCAGAGGUCAACAGGAAGGAGUCGGUGAGGGGGACCUGGGGAGAGGUCAACAGGAAGGAGUCGGUGAGGGGGACCUGGGGAGAGGUCGACAGGAAGGAGUCGGUGAGGGGGACCUGGGGAGAGGUCGACAGGAAGGAGUCGGUGAGGGGGACCUGGGGAGAGGUCAACAGGAAGGAGUCGGUGAGGGGGACCUGGGGAGAGGUCAACAGGAAGGAGUCGGUGAGGGGGACCUGGGGAGAGGUCAACAGGAAGGAGUCGGUGAGGGGGACCUGGGGAGAGGUCAACAGGAAGGGACCAUUACAACUCUCUGUGUGUGUGGGACAGGAAUGCUUGGAGUGUGUGUCAGCCUACUUUUCUCUACGUGUGGCAGAAAGGGUCAGCGUGUGUAGUGAGGGUGUGGGGGGGGUAGUGGUGGGUUGGUGUGUGUUUAGUGUGUGUGUGUGUUGAAGGGUCACAGUUUGUGUGUGGUUUUGUCUAUUUGUUCUGUCCAUGUGGCAGUAAGAGGGCAACGUCUGUGUGUAUCUUUCCGCGUGGCAGUGUGUCUGUCUGUCUGUGUUUUUAUUUGAAAGACAUUAGUCUGUCUGAGUGCUUCAUGUUAAUAUGUGCCAAAGUAGUGUGAAUGAAGUUCCUGUCUCACCUGUCUGUGUCCCACCUGUCUGUGUCCCACGUGCUGUGUCCCACGUGUCUGUGUCCCACGUGUCUGUGUCCCACGUGUCUGUGUCCCACCUGUCUGUGUCCCACCUGUCUGUGUCCCACCUGUCUGUGUCCACGUGUCUGUGUCCCACGUGUCUGUGUCCCACGUGUCUGUGUCCCACGUGUCUGUGUCCCACGUGUCUGUGUCCCACGUGUCUGUGUCCCACGUGUCUGUGUCCCACGUGUCUGUGUCUCACCUGUCUGUGUCCCACGUGUCUGUGUCCCACGUGUCUGUGUCCCACGUGUCUGUGUCCCACCGUAUCUCUUCCUAUUCUAUGCCCGUCUCACCUCUCUCACACCUGUCUGUUACCUGUCUUACCUGGCUCUCUCCCCUACCUGUCCCAGGUGAUGUUGCUGGUGUACCACUGGCCCAGUGGAGAGAACACUCAUCUCUGCUCCUUCACAUAUACCGGUCUCUCCUACCUGUCUCUCCUCUCUCCUACCUGUCUCUCCUCUCUCCUACCUGUCUCUCCUCUCUCCUACCUGUCUCUCCUCUCUCCUAGCUGUAUCUCCUCUCUCCUACCUGUCUCUCCUACCUGUCUCACCUCUCUCCUACCCGUCUCACCUUUCUCAUACUGUCUCUCCUCUCUCCUACCUGUCUCUCCUCUCUCCUACCUGUCUCUCUUCCCUCCUACCUGUCUCUCCUCUCUCCUAGCUGUAUCUCCCUCUCUCCUACCUGUCUCUCCUACCUGUCUCACCUCUCUCCUACCCGUCUCACCUUUCUCAUACUGUCUCUCCUCUCUCCUAACUGUCUCACCUCUCUCCUACCCGUCUCACCUUUCUCAUACUGUCUCUCCUCUCUCCUACCUGUCUCUCCUCUCUCCUACCUGUCUCUCUUCCCUCCUACCUGUCUCUCCUCCCUCCUACCUGUCUCUCACGUCCUCCCCUACCUGUCUCUCUUCCCUCCUACCUGUCUGUCCUCUCUCCUACCUGUCUGUCCUCCUCCCUACCCUGUCUCUCCUCUCCUCUCUCCUACCUGUCUCUCCUCUCUCCUACCUGUCUCUCUCCUCUUUCCCCUCCUACCUGUCCUGUCCUCUCUCCUACCUGUCUCUCUUCUCUCCUACCUGUCUCUCCUCCCUCCUACCUGUCUCUCCUCUCUCCUACCUGUCUCUCCUCUCUCCUACCUGUCUCUCUUCCCUCCUACCUGUCUCUCCUCCCUCCUACCUGUCUCUCCUCUCUCCUACCUGUCUCUCCUCUCUCCUACCUGUCUCUCCUCUCUCCUACCUGUCUCUCUUCCCUCCUACCCAUCUCUCCUACCCGUCUCACCUUUCUCAUACUGUCUACCUCUCUUAUACCUGUCUCACCUCUCUUCUACCUGUGUGUCUCUCCUACCAGGUGAUGUUGCUGGUGUACCACUGGUCCAGUGGAGACGGGGUCCAUGACCUCUUGGUCAGUAAACCUGUGUCAAAAUGGACACCGGAGGAAGUUCUGUUCUGGUUGGAACACCUGGGACCCUGGACCUCUCUCUACAAAGAACCCUUCCUACAGGAGAACGUCAACGGACGGUGAGGAACGCUUAACAGUUUGUGGUAUGGUUAUAGUACGGUUCUGUUCUGGUUGGAGACCACCUGGGGCCCUUGACCUGGACCUCUCCCCUCCCUCUGGGGCCCUGGACCUCUCCCCUCCCUCUGGGGCCCUGGACCUCUCCCCUCCCCCUGGGGCCCUGGACCUCCUCCCCCCUCCCCCCUUGGGGCCCUGGAGGACCUCUCCCCUCUCCUCUGGGCCCCCUGUGCCUGGACCUCCCCCCCUCUGGGCCCUGGACCUCUCCCCUCCCUCUGGGGCCCUGGACCUCUCCCUCCCUCUGGGCCCUGGACCUCCUCCCCUCCCUCAUGGGCCUGGCCUCUCCCCUCCCUCUGGGGCCCUGGACCUCUCCCUCCCUCUGGGCCCUGGACCUCUCCCUCACCUGGCCUUGGUCUUCCUCUUUUGGGCUACUGGCUCUCCUCUCCCUUUUUGGGGCCCUGGACCUGACCCUGACCCUCCCCUCCCUCUGAGGCCCCCCCAGGGCUGGACCUCUCCCCUCCCUCUGGGGCCCUGGACCUGGACCUGGACCUGGCUACCCCUCCCCUGGGGCCUGGACCUCUACUUCUCCUUCCCCUGCCCUGGACUGGCCUGGACCUCCCCCUCCGCUUGUUUUACCCUGGAAUUUCGUCUUCCUCCUUACCCCUCUGGGGCCCUGGACCUUCGUAUCCCCUACUCUGGGCUGAUUCUUUGGACCUCUUUCCCCUCCCCUGGGGCCCUGGACCUUCCCCUCCCUCUGGGCCCUGGACCUCACCACUCCCUCUGGGGCCCUGGAACCACUACUACCACUCCCACAUUGCCCUGGACUGGACCUACUCCCCUCCUCGUGGCCCUGACCUCUCCACUCCCUCUGGGCUCCUGGACCUCUCUCCUCCCUCUGUGCCUGGAUCCUGCUCAUCCCAAUCCCUCUGGGGUCCCUUGGGCUACUUCAUGGCUGUACCCCUGCCCCUCUGGGGACUCCCCCCCCUGGGGCCCUCUGGACCUCUCCCCUCCCCCUGGGGCCCCUGGACCAUCUCCCCUACCCUCUGGGGCCCCCUGGACCGGGACCCUGACCUGGACCUGGAACUCUCCUCGUCGUCCUCUUGUGCGCUCUCUUUCUUUCUUUCAUGGUCAGGUUAUUAUUGAUGUUAGGUAGUGAUGAGUUGACCUGAGCUCCCUAUAACAUAGAGAACUAUGGUUAUGUCAUGGUUAUUUAAUGGUUGUAUUAUGGUUAUGUUCUCUCUCUCAGGUUAUUGUUGAUGCUAGGUGAUGAGGAGCUGACCAGAGCCCCCUAUAACAUAGACAACCAGGCCCACAGGAGAGCGGUGCUGGCUGAACUGGAGAGGAUCAAAGAACUGGGGGUCAAACCACCUCAGAACCUCUGGGAGUACAAGGUAACAGAAACCAUAAACACUAUGUAUUAUAUCAACUUAUAAACUGGGUGGUUCGAGCCCUGAAUGCUGAUUGGCUGACAGCCGUGGUAUACCACGGGUAUGACGGAACAUUUAUUUUUACUGCUUUAAUGUUGUUGGUUACCAGUUUAUAAUAGCAAUAAGGCACCUCGGGGGUUUGUGGUAUAUGGCUAAUAUACCAUGGCUAAUUAAUUUUUUUAUUUUUUAUUUCACCUUUAUUUAACCAGGUAAACCAGUUGAGAACAAGUUCUCAUUUACAACUGCGACCUGGCCAAGAUAAAGCAAAGCAGUGUGAUUAAAACAACAAUGGGGUAAAACAAAACAUAAAGUCAAAAAUACAACAGAAAAUAUAUAUACAGUGUGUGUGAAUGUAGUAAGUUAUGGAGGUAAGGCAAUAAAUAGGCCAUAGUGCAAAAUAAUUACAAUUAGUAUUAACACUGGAAUGAUAGAUGUGCAAGAGAUGAUGUGCAAAUAGAGAUACUGGGGUGCAAAUGAGCAAAAUAAAUAACAAUAUGGGGAUGAGGUAGUUGGAUGGGCUAAUUUCAGAUGGGCUGUGUACAGGUGCAGUGAUCGGUAAGGUGCUCUGACAACUGAUGCUUCAAGUUAGUGAGGGAGAUAAGAGUCUCCAGCUUCAGAGAUGUUUGCAGUUCGUUCCAGUCAUUGGCAGCAGAGAACUGGAAGGAAUGGCGGCCAAAGGAGGUGUUUGCUUUGGGGAUGACCAGUGAGAUAUACAGGCUAAAGGGCUGUAUCCUCUCCACGUUGUGUCGUGCGUAACAACAGCCCUUAGCCGUGGUGAAUUGGCCAUAUACCACACCCCCUCGGGCCUUAUUGCUUAAUUAUACCAUGGCAUUGUUGAAUACUCUGGCUGGGCCACUCAUGGACAUUCAGAGACUUGUCCCGAAGCCACUCCUGCGUUGUGUUGGCUGUGUGCUUAGGGACGUUGUCCUGUUGGAAGGUGAACCUUCGCCCCAGUCUGAGGUCCUGAGCACUUUGGAGCAGGUUUCCAUCAAGGAUCUCUUUGUACUUUGCUCUGUUCAUCUUUCCCUCAAUCCUGACUAGUCUCCCAGUCCCCGCCGCUGAAAAACAUCCCCACAGCAUGAUGCUGCCACCACCAUGCUUCACCGUAGGGAUGGUGCCAGGUUUCCUCCAGACGUUGACGCUUGGCAUUCAGGCCAAAGAGUUCAAUCUUGGUUUCAUCAGACCAGAGAAUCUUGUUUCUCAUGGUCUGAGAGUCUUUAGGUGCCUUUUGGCAAACUCCAAGCGGGCUGUCAUGUGCCUUUUACUGAGGAGUGGCUUCCGUCUGGCCACUCUACCAUAAAGGCCUGAUUGGUGGAGUGCUGCAGAGAUGGUUGUCCUUCUGGAAGUGUCUUGGUGGUUCCAAACUUCUUCCAUUUAAGAAUGAUGGAGGCCACUGUGUUCUUGGGGACCUUCAAUGCUGCAGACAUGUUUUGGCACCCUUCCCCAGAUCUGUGCCUCGACACAAUCCUGUCUCUGAGCUCUACAGACAAUUCCUUCGACCUUAUGGCUUGGUUUUUGCUCUGACAUGCACUGUCAACUGUGGGACCUUUUUAUAUAGACAGGUGUGCGCCUUUCCAAAUCAUGUCCAAUCAAUUGAAUUUAUCACAGGUAGACUCCCAUCAAGUUGUAGAAACAUCUCAAGGAUGAUCAAUGGAAACAGGAUGCACCUGAGCUCAAUUUCGAGUCUCAUAGCAAAGGGUCUGAAUACUUAUGUAAAUAAGGUAUUUCGGUUUGUUUUUAAAAAAUACAUUUGCAAAAAAUAUUAACCUGUUUUUGCUUCCUCAUUAUGGGGUAUUGUGUGUAGAUUGAUGAGGAAAAAGUUAAUUUAAUCAAUGUUUAUAAUAAGGCUGUAAUGUAACAAAAUGUGGAAAAAGUCAAGGGGUCUGAAUACUUUCCAAAUGCACUGUAUCAUAGUUCAUGCUGUUUUAAUGCUAAUGUGAUGUACUGUAAAUCCUAUGCCAUUAUCAAUAAGAUAUACUGUAUUUCUGCUAACAGAAACACAGGUUGUAUCCCGAAUAGCACCCUAUUCCCUAUAUAGUGCACUACUUUUUACUAGUACCACAGCGCUAUAUAGGGAAUAGGGUGCUAUUGAAGUGCACAUAAUAAAUACUCUAUAUGCUCUGGUUGAAGUAAGCCUAUUGAAGAUAUAUGCUGUGUGUAUCAUUUUGAUGAUAAGUCAAUUAGGGUUUAAUUAUGGUUUCAACUAUCUACCCCUCUCCUCUCUCCCUCUAUCUACCCCCUCCUCCUCUCUCUCCCUCUCUCCUCUAUCCACCUCUCUCCCUCUCCUCUCUCUCUCCCUCUAUCUACCCCUCUCCUCUCUCCCUCUCUCUACCCCUCUCCCUCUUCUACCCCUCUCCUCUCUCCCUCUCUCUACCCCCCUCUCCCUCUCUCUCUACCCUCUCCCCCCCUCUCACCUCUCUCUCCCUCUCUCUACCCCUCUCCUCUCUCCCUCUCUCUCUCCCCCUCUCCUCUCUCCCUCUCUCUCUAACCCCUCCUCUCCUCUCUCCCUCUCUCCCCCCUCUCCUCUCUCCCUCUCUCUACCCCUCUCCUCUCUCCCUCUCUCUAACCCUCUACUUCUCUCCCUCUCUCUACCCCUCUCCUCUCUCCCUCUCCUCUCUCCUCUCCCCUCUCUAGCCCUCUCCUCUCUCUCCCUCUCCUCCCUCUCUCCCUCUCCUCCCUCUCCUCUCUCUCCCCUCCCUCUCUACCCCCCUCUCCCCUCUCUCUCCCUCUCUCUACCUCCCCCUCCCCCCUCUCCUCUCUCCCUCCCCUCUCCCUCUACCCCUCUCCUCUCUCCCUCUCUCUACCCCCUCUCCCUCUCCUCUCUCUCUAACCCCCUCCUCUCUCCCUCUCUCUCCUCCUCUCCUCUCCCCUCCUCCCUCCUCUCCCUCUCUCUACCCCUCUCCUCUCUCCCACCGGCUCUCCACCCCCCACCAGGCUGUGAAUGCAGGUAAAUCUCUGUUCCUUCUCUAUGCUUUGAAGAGUUCUCCUCGCCUCACCAUCCUCUACCUCUACCUCUUCGACUACUCCGAAACCUUCCUCCCCUUCCUACACACCUGCUGCCCCGCCCUCUCACACACCAGCGAGCCAAUGGAGGACAGCCUCCCCCUCAACCACCAGGUACCAUUGGACGGCUCAACUGUCAUGUUGAUUGUAUUUAUUUGAUAAAUAAAGGUAGGAGGCUGCUCCAGCCAUAGACUAUAACUAAACGUAGGCUACUGUACAUGUUGUUGUCAGUAUGGCUGACCGUACAGAUGAUAUUGGAGAGAACAUAAGGACACAUGUUCUUAAGUUCUCUCACCCCCUCCCCCCCCCCCCCCCCCCCCCCCCCCCCCCCCCCCCCCCCCCCCCCCCCCCCCCUCUCUCCCCUCUCCAGGUGCACCCCACCUGGCGCCAGUGGGCAGAGUUCCUAGUUAAGUACCUCCUCCUCCCGUACCAGCUGAUCGCUGAGUUUGCCUGGGAUUGGCUGUCGGUUCACUACUGGACGUCACGGUUCAUCAUCGUCAACGCCAUGCUACUGUCUGUCCUGGAGGGCUGUGUCCUGUGGAGGUUCUAUAACCGAGCUGAGAUCAGGUACCGUGUGUGUUUCUCUCUGUUCCUCUCGCUCUCUCUGUCUUUCCCUGUCACACCAACUUUCUCUCUCUUUCAAUCUCCCUGUCCCUCUCUCACCCUUUUACUUGAAUUAUCCACCCCUCUUUCUCUCCCUCUCUCACCCUUUACCUUGAAUUAUCCACCCCUCUUUCUCUCUCUCACCCUUUACCCAGAAUUAUCCACCCCUCUUUCUGUCUCUCUCUCACCCUUUACCCUGAAUGAUCCACCCCUCUUUCUGUCCCUCUCUCCACAUCUCAUCCCUCACUACCUCUCUCUCUCCACAUCUCAUCCCUCACUACCUCUCUCUCUCUCUCCACAUCUCAUCCCUCACUACCUCUCUCUCGCUCCAACAUCUCAUCCCUCACCCUUCUCUCACUCUCUCAUCUCUCUCUCUCUCAACAUCUCAGCCCUCACUAAUACCUCUCUCUCCUCCACAGCUCAUCCCUCCCUAGUCACUACCUCUCUCUCUCUCUCUUCCUCAUCUCUCUCUCUCUCUCCACAUCUCAUCCCUCACUACCUCUCUCUCUCCACAUCUCAUCCCUCACUCCCUCUUCUCUCUCUCCACCUCUCAUCCCUCACUCCUCUCUCUCUCCUCCACUCUCAUCCCUCCUACCCCUCUCCCUCUCUCUCCACAUCUUCAUCCUCACUAUACCUCUCUCUCUCUCCACAUCAUCAUCCCUCACCUACCUCUCUCGUCUCUCUCUCUCUCGUCCACUCUCAUCCCUCCCUACCUACCUCUCUCUCUCUCUCCAAAUCCUCAUCCCUCACUACCUCUCUCUCUCUCCACAUUUCUCAUCCCUCCACACAAACAACUACCAUCUCUCCUCUCUCCACAUCUUCAUCCCUCACUACCUCUCUCUCUCUCCACAUCUCAUCCCUCACUACCUCUCUCUCUCUCUCCACAUCUCAUCCCUCACUACCUCUCUCUCUCCACAUCUCAUCCCUCACUACCCCUCUCUCCUCUCUCUCUCCACAUCUCAUCCCUCACUACCUCUCUCUCUCUCUCUCCACAUCUCAUCCCUCACUACCCUCUCUCUCUCUCUCUCCACAUCUCAUCCCUCACUACCUCUCUCUCUCUCACAUCUCAUCCCUCACUAUCUCCCUCUCUUCCCUCUCUCCACAUCUCUUCCCUCUCUCUCUCUCUCUCUCUCUCUCACAUCUCACCCUCAUACAUCCUCUCUCGUCUCUCUCCUCUCCACAUCUCAUCCCCACUACCUUCUCUCUCUCUCUCCACAUCUCCUAUCCUCCCUCAUCCCUCCCGUCCCACCCUGCACUCCAAUCCGCCUCACUGACAAUACUCCUGCUCUUCCCUCACUAGGAACACCCUUUGCCGAAAGAGCGGGGAUAUUCUCGCUCUCUCUCCUCUCUCUCCCUCUCAUCCCUCUCUCUCUCUCUCCACAUCUCAUCCCAUUGUUGUUUUAAUUGUUUGACAAAGUCUUCUCUCCCCUCCAGGAGUCUCCAUAAGAAGAUGUGGGGUCACUUCUGGAGGAUGUCUUCCCAGGGUUUUGCCUUUGCCCUGUUCUGGCCGGUGAUCCCCCAGUUUGUGUGUAACUGUCUGUUCUACUGGGCUCUCUACUUCAACCCCAUCAUCAACAUUGACCUGGUGGUGCAGCAGCUAAUGCAUCCUGACACACAAGGGCCCUGAUCAGACCGAGGGGAUGCUGUUCCCUUCAUGGUGCACUACUUUUGAACAGUGCCCCCUAUAUGGGUAGAGCCAUGAGUGAGGAGGUACUGUUAAAACCCAGGAAGUGUCCUAAACAGCACCCUAUUCCCUAUAUAGUGCCCUACCUACAGGGCUCUGGUCAGAAAGUAGUGCGCUAUGUAGUGAAUAUUUGGUGCUAUUUAGUGCACUACUUUUGACCAGGGUCCGUAGGGAGCGCCGUAGGGUUUCUGGUCCAAAGUGGUGCACUAUACAGGGAGUGGGUUGCCAUUGGCGACGCAGACCAAGCUCUAUAUAAUAUUGGAUGGUUUCUCCUAAUGUCUUAAUUACAUGAUAGAUAGAUAUAUAUAUAUAUAUAUAUGAUGGUUUCUCUCUGAUGGUAAUUCAUAUUGAAGGAAAGCGGUGGUGUGUUUGUCUGUGAUGGUGGUCAGUGGUAAUAACUGUAGGGAGAGGAUUGAUAUGAUUCUGUUAUGGUGGUCAGGGCUAAUAACUGUAGGGAGAGGAUUGAUAUGAUUCUGUUAUGGUGGUCAGUGGUAAUAACUGUAGGGAGAGGAUUGAUAUGAUUCUGUUAUGGUGGUCAGUGGUAAUAACUGUAGGGAGAGGAUUGAUAUGAUUCUGUUAUGGUGGUCAGUGGUAAUAACUGUAGGGAGAGGAUUGAUAUGAUUCUGUUAUGGUGGUCAGUGGUAACUGGAGGAUUCUGUCGUAGGGAGAGGAUUGAUAUGAUUCUGUUAUGGUGGUCAGUGGUAAUAACUGUAGGGAGAGGAUUGAUAUGAUACUUGUUAAUAAUUUAAGGAGCCCAUAUUCCAGGGCUCUCCAACCCUGUUCCUGGAGAGCUACCCUCCUAUAGGUUUUCACUCCAACCCUCCUAUAGGUUUUCACUCCAACCCCAGUUGCAACUAACCUGAUUCAUCUUAUCGACCAGGUAAUUACUAGAAUCAGGUGAGCUAGAUUAGGGUUGGUGUCAACCUACAGGAUGGUAGCUCUCCAGGAACAGGGUUGGAGAGCCCUGCGCUAUUCACACAGCGUGUGAUCUAGGAUCAGAUCCCCUCCCCGUCCAUAUCAUCUUAUUCAUUAUGAUCUAAAUGAUCUAGAAUCGUAUUGAUUGAUAUCAAAACUGAUCCUAGAUCAGAACCUGGCAACUUCAUUCUGUUUCCAUGGUGUUUUGGAGCUUGCUCAGCUUGUCUCGUUGGAAGGGAACACAUAUAAUGCCUUAUUCUUUACAAGGACUUAAAAUCUAGCAAUAUGUUAAGUGUUUUUGUUUUUUUCUUCUUUAAAAAUAGUUACGCUCUUGAGUUUCAGAUGGUAAUAGUAAAUAAUAAAAAUGUAUACUUCCUGCAUUCAGAAUGAGUUUAAACAUGGCGAUAUCCAACUGUUGUAAAUUUUCAAUUUAAAGGAAAUCACGUGUUCAAGUGUUCGUCCCAAAUUGCACCCUCUUCCCUAUGUAGUGCACUACUUUUGACCAUAGCCCAAUAGGUUGAGCCAUAGGGAUCUGGUCCAAAGUAGUGCACUGUAUAGGGUGUAGGGUGCCAUUUGGGACGAACCCUCGGACAGGUGAGACUGUUUAAAAUAAAAGGGCUGUAGCUUCAUUGGUCCCUCUCAUGUAACCAACGGCCUGAAGGAUGUUUUAUGUUUGUAUGUGACAAAUGUUUAAAAUGUUGUUUUACAUUUUCAAUUUGUUUAAUUGUUCAUGAAGAGAUUCAUUAUUCUUUGCGGUAUUCAGUCCCACCGGUCCUGCGGUUGGUUGUAGCUAAUUGCGUAGAUUUAAUUAUUAAAUAUCUGUAUUUUUUUAAAUUCUGAUUUCUAUUUUCACUCAAGAUAAAUUUCACCACUUUUCGACAUCAUAUCAUCAUCUACAGGUGCAGUGCAGCCCAAAUGGUACCCUAUUUCCUAUUUAGUCCACUACUUUUGACCAGGACCCAUAAGUAGUGCCCUAUUUAGGGGAUGACAUUGGGGACACAGACUGGAUACUGGAGGUGAAGAAUGAGGUAUAAAAGUGGUGGAAUGUCCCUUUAAUUAAACUGCUAGUACUGCUUCAGGUGCACUGUGAUUCCCUCUGAUGUGUUACCUGGGUUACGGUGCACUGUGAUUCCCUCUGAUGUGUUACCUGGGUUACGGUGCACUGUGAUUCCCUCUGAUGUGUUACGGUGCACUGUGAUUCCCUCUGAUGCAUUACCUGGGUUACGGUGCACUGUGAUUCCCUCUGAUGUGUUACCUGGGUUACGGUGCACUGUGAUUCCCUUGGGUGCGUUACCUGGGUUACGGUGCACUGUGAUUCCCUCUGAUGCAUUACCUGGGUUCUUCUGGUUUCUCCCAAAAAUAUAGACUUAGCAAAGAAACAAAUGAAUAAAUUACAAUUUUUUAAAGAAUAUGACCAAACUUCUUGUGUUUGUUAAAAAUAUUUUUUGUAUAGAUUAAAUGAGAAAAUGUAUUUUCCUUGUAGGCCUACAGAUGAAAUGAGAAAAUGUGUUUUUCUUGUAGGCCUACAGAUGAAAUCAUAAGAUGUAAUUGAUGGCGAUAUUAGAAUAUGACCUUCCUGUUUUUUUUUGUACAUUGAAAAUGACAGUCUACAACCUGUUUAUAGAACUGCUGUUUGAAUCCUCAGUGCUGGACUUAAUGUUCACACACAUCAGUCUAUCAUGGUGAUCUAAGCAACCUGUUUUAAUAAAGUCCAUGAAUCAGAUGUGCAUUGUGUAAAGUCAAUGUACUGUAUGGCUUGGUAAUACACACACACCACUACCAGAUAAACUCAGAGAAAACACUCAGUCUCUCUCACACACACAACACCACACACACACACCACACACACCCACACACACCACAGCACACACACAAACCACAAAAAAACAACCCUACACUUUGUACGCAUCAGUGAUAAUUCAGUGUGGGGUGUCCUAUCCACACAAAGUCAGGCCAGACAGAGUAUUUGUGGAUGAAGGUCUCUCUCCUCAGACCUGGCCGCCUCCCGGUCACACCCUGCCAGAAUCUUGUCACCCCUGGCCUGGAGAGACUCUAGAAACCACCGGACAAACAUCCAGGGUGGAAUUCAGAACUCUUAGAAUGCAAUAGGACAAAUAUAAUACAUAGAACUGUCUUUUUCACAUUAUCGAUGGAAAAUUGCCCCUUGGCUUCAGACCUAGAAAUAUAGCUUGUAUCCAUGGUUGUCACUAGUUACCACAGCCACAAAGUCAAAAUUGGCUAAAUCGUAAAAAUUCAUGAAAACAAAAAUGUGCUUUUUGCUCUUCAUUUAAGGUUAGGGUUAGGCAUAACGAUGAACCACUAACCCAGAGAGUGCUUAGAGUACAGAAAUACAGUGUUGCAUUAUGGGAUGGGUAGUUCAUACCGCAGUCGGCCAUCUUGUUCUCACAGGUCCACUGGUACUUGUCUGUCUUGGUCUGACAACCCAGAUCCUCAGCCUUCCCAUAGCAACAGUCAUGCUUGUGACAGCACCUUGUGGACAGAAAAUAACACAAUCAUGUUGAUUCUGUGAGUUAUUCCAUUACAAUGUAUAAAGCACUUUGAGUAAUUGGAGAAGUAAUGUCAAUCCAGUCUGCUAUACAAUCCAUUAUGUGAGGAAAAUGCUUUGGGUUGUGUUCUCUUCAGCCUCUGACUAUGUAGUAGCUCAUCAACAAGCCAGAAUUCAGUCCAUAUUAUUCCAAGCUCAAAAUGUAGGGUCUGAGAAACUAGCUGUUGUCCAUGGGUUAGGAGACAGCAGGGCCAGCUCUAGCCUUUUUGGGGCCCUAAACGAGAUUCAGCUUCAACCAGCUGAAAAUACAAUAUGUUUGGUUAUUGAAAAUAUAUUUCACAGCAGGUUAGAUGAUACAAUGAUUCUCUAAACUUGCUUGUUUUGUCACAAACUAUUACAAUUUUCGCAACCAGAAAAUGGUUGAGCGAUUUCUACAUAUUGCACCUUCAAUGAUAUCUGUGAGAGUGACUAACAAAAUCAAUGUGGGCCCACUGGAGAUCAGGCCUCCUGGGCACGUGCCCUGCAUGCCCGUUCGGUAUUUGGCCAUGAUUACUACAAGUUUAGAUAACUGGCUAGACUAAUUUACCAAUCUAAACAUGGUUAGCUGACAUGGCUAAUUGAGUGACUGUCAGUGACUGACAAAACAAGAGAAAAACUGCUGAUGCACCACCAAAUUUCGACACCUUGUGUAUUCUACUAUUCUGACUCUCAACAGUAAGUUGAGAACCUGACUGUUCCUAAUAUAUAUAUAUAUAUAAUAUAUAUAUUUAGAUUUUUUGGGUCAGGCCCCCUAGCAGCCGGCAGCAGUAAGCGACUGCUUAUGCAUGGAACCGGCCCUGGCAGACAGACACCCCAUUACAGCACCAAAUGACUGUUUGUAGAUGUUUAUGGUCUGUGGAUGGGAUUUAGAAAUCAGAGUUGGUGCCAGCCAGGGUUUGGGCUGUAAUUACCCAGCUGUCAUUCCACCAGGGCUAAGUGCUGAGCCCUAGUAGACUUUUGACUAGGGCCCACCAGUCAGCCUUGUCCCGCAGUAGCUGUGUGUGUGUGUGAUGGUACUCACCAGUCCUGCCUUGUCCCGCAGUAGCUGUGUGUGUGUGUGUGAUGGUACUCACCAGUCCAGCCUUGUCCCGCAGUAGCUGUGUGUGUGUUUGUGUGAUGGUACUCAACCAUUCAGCCAAUGUCCCUCGUAGCUGUGUUGUGUUGUGUGUUGUGAUGUACUCACCAGUCCAGCCUUGUCGCAGUAGCUGUGUGUGUGUGUGGAUGGUUAACCCCAUCCAUCUUGUCCCGCAGUAGCUGUGUGUGUGUGUGGAUUGUACUCACCGUCAUCCUUGUGUCCCCGAGUACUGUGUGGUGUGUGCUGGUACUCACCAGUCCAGCCUUGUCCCGAGUAGCUGUGGUGUGUGUGUGAUGGUACUCACGCAGUCAGCCUUGUCCCGCAGUAGCUGUGUUGUGUUAUGGUACUCACCAGUCCAUCCGUGUCCCGCAGUAGCUGUGUGUGUGUGUGAUGGUACUCCCCAGUCCCAGUCCUUGUUCCCGCAGGACUGUGUGUGUUUGGUGAUAGUUACUACUCACCAUCGCAGCCUUGUCCCGCAGUAGCUGGUGUGUGGUGUGUGAUGGUACUCCCACCAGUCCAAGCCAUGUCCCGUAGUAGCUGUGUGUGUGUGUGAAUGGUCUCACCAGUCCAGGCCUUGCCCGCAGUAGCUGUGUGUUGUGUGUGAUGGGACCACCGUCAGCCAUGGCCCGUCAGUAGCUGUUGUGUGUGUGUGAUGGUACUCCCAGUCCACCUUGUCCCGCAGUAGCUGUGGUGUGUGUGAUGUACUCACCAGUCGCCAUGUCCCGUAGUAGCUGUGUGUGUGGUGAUGGUACUCACCAGUCCAUCCUUGUCCCCGCAGGUAGCUGUGUGUGUGUGUGUGUGAUGGUACUCACCAGUCCAAGCCUUGUCCCGCUUAGCGUUGUGGUGUGUGUGUGAUGGUACUCCCCCAAGUCCAGCCGUGGUCCCGCAGUACUGUUUGUGUGGUGUGUGAUGGUACUCACCAGUCCAGCCUUUUGCCCGCAGUAGCUGCGUGGGUGUGUGUGAUGGUUACUCACCAGUCGCAGCCUUGUCCCGCAGUAGCUUUGGUGUGUGUGGGUGUGAUGGUACUCACCAGUCCAGCCUUGGUGGUGUGUGUGUGUGUGUGUGUGUGCAGUAGCUGUGUGUGUGUGUGUGAGGUACUCACCAGUCAGCCUUGUCUCGGGGCCAGCCCUGGCCUCCCAGCCCGCAGUAACAUCCAUACAUGAUGUAAGCCACCGCCGACCUCCCAGUGCUGCAUUUAAUGACGCCCGCCAACUCCAACAAGCCCCGCUUUUCCCGCAGCCGCCAUCGCCCUGGUAACGGGGAAGUGACGGUCGGUGUUGUCGCUAACUCCGUCCCUUCA